UCUACGUGGUACUUCAUACAUAUAUGUCCACCGCCCCUCUGGCCGCCUUCUUCUUUCUCCCUCACACCACCUCUCCUUCUGCGAAUCCAAAACAUCUGCCUUGAACCACCAAACCCACAGACCGACGUGGCCUUUCGCCUUCAUACGAAGACACACAAUUACCUACGACUCUCUCCCCUCCCGACCCAGACUAGUUUCUCACCCCUCCUACAAGCGCCGUUUGUUGCAUCUCAUUCCUGGACCGUUGGUGGCAAAUCCGUCCUGACCGACAUCGAAUUUUAUAACCCCUCGCCCGAGAUUUCCACUCCCUUCAUUGCCCCUGCGAGCGCUUUCCGUUUCGGGAACCGUAUCGAAUCGUUCACACGCAGCCGACAUGGAGAGCACGCCAAGCAGCCCCGCAGACUCUCGCCCCCUCUUCUCUCGCCGGUCCUCGAGCAAGCAGAGUCUCUCCCUCGACCUCUCCAACAUCCCACCACUAGUACAACCGACACCCCCUUCGAAUACUCUGCUGUUCACAAACCUUCAGGACCUCGACAUCUUCCGCCCCGACAACCUACAGACUAUCCGUGAGCUCAUCGCCCAAACCGCUCCGAUUCACGCCUGGUCACCACUCAAGUCCUUCCGCCGCAUCGUCGUUUCCUUCUACGAUGAGGCCUCCGCCAUAGUCGUCCGGCAGAUCUGGGACGGCGAAUCGAUCCUCGGAAACACCCUUCGCGUCUAUUUCGGUGCCCCCACCGCCGUGGACACCGACGCGAAGGACCGCCACCUAGCCCUCCCGGACGCCGGCAAGCUCUUCUUCAUCUCGCCGCCGCCGUCUCCGCCUCACGACUGGGAAAUGCGUCUCGAGGACGCCCCGAACAAGCUGGUGCAUGCGGAGGAUCUCGCCGAGGCCCUGGCCAGACUGCAUCAUCAUUCCCAGGCCGGUGCCGAGACCCCCGUCAGCCCAGUGGGCCGCUCAACUGGGCCGGCGGCUCCUGGUCAGACCCGAAGCAGGAGCUCUACCCUCUUGUACCGCCCUGACGCCCACGGCACCAGCCCAGACCUCCCGGCUAUUUGUCUCGAGGACAUGACGGACGAACCGAGCCCCAUCGACCAACCCAAGCCCAUCAUGGCACACACGGCACGGCCACCUGUGGAGCUUAUGCACGAUGCAUGAGAAUGGACGAUGACUGGAUGGAACGAAAGACACAACUCAAUUCGUCGGCGGUUAGGGUUUCUGUAUCUAUUAUCUAAAUUCGACUAGCCCUGCCAGCAAACAGCAAAGCAACCAAGGUGUGGCCCAGAUUCAAAUCAUUGCAUGGCGUUCACGGGGACGGGGAAAGGAAAUAUCAGGUUAUCAUUUAGCGGUGGAGUAGCAGCCCGGUGUUGGGAGAUGUUCAUCCUGAUUUGGAGACCGGGUCAAACUCCCACUUGAAUCAUACAAGGUGCCAAUAUCGUCACUAUUAAGUUGAAAACGAGUCAUUUGAAAAUAAUUACAGGUUAAAAGUUAAAAGCUUUGUCUCGCUGAUUAGAGACAGAUAUCACACAAUCUGCUCCGCGGGUGACAGUGGCC